AUGUAUCAUAUUUUUCUAUCAUUCGUCGUCGCCCUCUGCCUUGGCACACACUGGGCGGUCGCGGCUACAACAUCGGGUGAAAUUGCCAAUUCUCUCAACGAACUAGCACAGCAAGGAUUCGCCAUUAAACAGCUCGUAUUUGAAAUUAACUCCACUGCGGACGCUGGUCCUAUUCCGGUAAGUGGGUCUUUGGGUGCACAAAUGACAGCUCAUAACGGAAUCCAGGAUAUUUACACUGAAAUGGACACCAUGGGCGCUGUGAUUUUGACAGAUGUAAAAUAUAUCACGAAUACGCCAAUCAUUACUGGUCAGACAGAGCAGCAGGAUGUCUAUGAGGGAUACUCUAACUUCGUACAAUCCCUCCUCGAGCUCAUGGACGCCUUUUCAAGUAGCGCAACUCAGCUGAAAGCGAUUAACUCAACCACCAAAGACAAAGUGCCCUCUGAAAUUCGCAUCUUGCAAAGUGCCGUUGACGCCUACUUUUACAAUAUCAUUGGUCUUUUCUCUGCCGAAAGCUCGUAUAACGCCCAGGCAACUAAUCAGAAGGCUCAAGUGGAUACGCAUUGCUUCCAGGCUGUCUGGGCAUUUGAUCUCGGUUCUAGCAAUGGUAGUCAGGCUACUGCUAGCGCGCGCAGGAGCAGCUCCCUUCAUUCUCGGCGGAUGAAGCGUGCUUUCUUUUAG